AAAUAUUUACCUUCUUUUGAAAUUGGAUUCAAUACCGGAGGAUUUGAUUGGAAUUUUAUGUUAAAAAAAAUAUAUUUAUUAAAUAUUGAAAAAGAAAUCAGUCAAAUACUAGAACAAGAUAUUCUAAAUAAUAUUAGAGAGACUAAAAUAAAAGUAUAUGAAAAAGAUAUUGAUGAAAAGAUGCAGAGAAAAAUUUAUGGAAUUGAAAGUUCUAAUCGAAAUAUUAAAGCAAAAAAAACAUUUCCUACAGAAAUAAAAAAUACCUUGGAUGUUGUAUUAAAACAUUGUGAAUUAUUGGGGAAAGUAGAUUUACCAUAUAUACCAGAUUCAUCAGAAGAUUUAUGUUGUAUGUUUGUUUAUAUAAACACAAUUAAAUUCAAGAAUAAUAUUCAAUUAUUAACAAAAUUAGCAGAACAAUUAUCAAACCUAACAAAGAUCUCAGUAGAAAAAUACAUAAUAGAAGAAAAAUAUAAUGGUGGUUUGGUUUUGAAUCCAAGAAAAAAUCCAAAUAAUUGCCCUGUUGCUGAUGUAGAUUUUACAUCUUAUUAUCCAAAUACCAUAAUCACGAAUAAUAUUUCUUUAGAUACUUGUGUGAAUAUUGAUUCACAAGAAGAAAAUCUAAAUGUAAUAAUUGAUAAUGGAAUAGUUUAUGAUAAAUUUAGACAACAUAAUAACAAAGAAACAAAAAUGGGAUUAAUGCUAUUGAUGUCUAAAAUGUUAUUAGUAGAUCGGGCUAUAGCAAAAAAAAAUAUGAAAAAAGCCAAUAACAAACAAGAAUAUUCUUAUUAUAAUUCUUUACAAAAUGCUCUCAAAACAAUUGCAAAUUCUAUUUACGGUAAAACUGAAAUAAACAAAUAUUUACAAGAGUUGACAGGUCAACCAUAUUUAAAGAUGGCAUAUGAAAAAACAAUGAUGCCAGCUUUAUAUUUACAUAAAAAACAAUACUGCAGAUGUAAGCAUAGAGAAGAUACUCAAUUUAUUGAAUUUGAUAAACUAAUACUUUUAAUGAAAGGACUUAAAGUGGUAAAAAGAAACAUAUCAAAAUUCUACAAGACAGUUGCUGAAGAAUUAAUCAGGUUAUCUUUGAACUAUGAAAAUAAACAGAUUUUAGUUGAUGAAGCUAGUUUAAAAGAUAAAAUAUUAAAAGUUAUUUCAAAAUAUACAGAUGAAGACAACGUUUUAUUAGAAUUAUUUAAGCUUACUGCAAAAUAUGAUCCGACAACUAAUCAAUGUGUAAGUGUAAAAAAUUUCUUUAAUAUGGAAGAACGAAAAGAAAAAGGUGAUGAAACCAAAAAAGAAAACAGGAUGGUAAUAUCAUAUGUAACUAGAAUGGCAGAUAAGCAAAAAAUAAUAAUCGAACCUGGUUGUUUUUACUAUUUAAUAACACGUAUACCAAACAUGAAAAAAACAGCAGAUAAGAUGCUUCCAUUUGAUUACUUCACAGCUAACAAAGAAGAAAAAAAUCUUCGAAUUGAUAUCAUACACUAUUUCAACAGCUUACAAGAUAUUUGUGCUUCAUUACUAAAUUGUGAAACAAAAAAA